AUGUCUUCAAAGUGUGCGCGGAAAGCGAACCCAUACUUGGAUAUCGAGGCUAUCAUCGACAAUGAGGAGGAGGAGGAGGAGGAAGAAGAAGAAGAGGAGGAGGAGGAGGAAGAAGAAGAGGAGGAGGAGGAGGAGGAGGAGGAAGAAGAAGAGGAGGAGGAGGAGGAAGAAGAAGAAGAGGAGGAGGAACUGGAUGUCUAG